UCUGAUUUUUGUUUUCCUUGUUUGAAACCCUUCGUUACUACGAUAUUGCUUGUGCAGAUACAUGGUGUUCUGUCCUUGGUCCCCGUCGCUUCCCACUAAAGACCUGCGAUAACUCCUCUGAGUCGCCCGCUACUACCAUCAUGUCUUCUCCAAGGCUUUGCUUCAAUUGUAACAUGCCUGGGCACUUCGCGCGCGAGUGUUCCUAUCGUCCACCAGGAUACUCUCCGCAGCAGCAAUCGGGGUAUCCCUCACAGCAUCUAUCACGCUCCGCGGGACUCCCACCUCUUCCACCAUCGAACGGGGCUGCUCCGCCACUUCUAUCGCAUACAAACGCACAUCACUCGCACAGCCCCCUCCUCGCUCUCCCACCACCUCCCACCUCGCAGGCAAGCUCUCCCAUCUCGGGACAGGCGGUUGUACCUCACCAGAAUUGGUGGAAGCUUAAUCAGGACAAACUAGACUGUGUGUAUGAGUUUAUGGCCAUGGAGCUGGAGGCCCAACAGGAGGCAAUCAGAGAGAAGGAAAGGCAACUCAAGGAGGAGCAAAAAAGGAAGAUCAAGGAGGCCGAGGAGAAGGCGCUCAAGAAAGCUAAGGAGAGGCAGGAGUUUGAGGAGCGGAUCAGCAAUAUAGUUGGCUCCAAGAUUAACGACGCUUGUGAACUCUUCCUCGGUCGUGCUGAUCAGACCAAGCCACCCCUGGUUGGUACUGAUAAUCGACGACGAGUGGUGCUAGAGAAUGCAGGACCGCGACAAUUUGAUGCCAAGAAGGAACGAAUGGACAAACAGAUCGAGGUGCUACGGCAAGAGUACGAGUAUAUCAAGAAGAAGAUGGACGAGAUGGCAAGGUCUUUCAAGCACAACGUUACUGGAUCUAAGAGACCCGCAACCGGCGUCUGCAUCAGUAGCCCACCUGAGGCUCCUGCAAGAGGGAAGGCGAAGGUGGCAGGUGUAGGCACACCUGCCCCCCUUGAGUUUGAGAAGCUACUCAAAGCGUAUAACGCUGUCAAGGAGGGCAAGCGGAUUGCCGAGCUGGAGGUCCAGGCUCUCAGAGGCAGAUUCGACAAGGCUGUAGCUAAGUUGGUGAAACAGGGUCGUACGCCACGCUCCAAUCUCAAUAGAAGAAUGCACGAGGCCACCGAUGACGAAGAGCAGGAGAAUUCGGCAAGGCGCGAGGAAGGACUGGACGAUCUCACCAUUAGACCGUCACCACCAAAAAGGACAUCAGGGAGGCUGGCGACGAAGGCAGCAGCAACCGAGCGCGCAGAGUUCCUCAAAGAGACGACGAAGUACCUGAGGAGGCUUCGAAAGCAUGGUCUACAGGUCCUAUGCGGCAAGGAAGGGAUCACUUUUGCGACCUGCGAGCAAGCUAUUAACGAUAUAGCGGAGCUACGAACAGCCACAACUUUCGACGAGCGUGAGUCGGGUCAGAAGAUAGUGCCGGACUCUGAAGCUGAUGAUGGCAGAGAGGAUGAGCGCGACGGGCUAGAUGUGCAGGAUACACAGCCUGUCAAUGUUGAAGAUGACGACCGACUUGGGGAUGAAUAGAGAGAAAAGUCUCAUAGGCUGGUCUUCCCCCUACUUGAAUUCUGCAUUGAUUGCUCGGAGAAAAAGGAAAAAUAGAAAAAACAGACCUGGAAAAAGGGAAAGAAAGAACAAGUUUAGAAGACAGAAUGCGCAAGCACAAGGAUCUAAUACGAUCAACUCUUGCGUCUACAACUCUGGGACUAACAGAAGGCUAGCCUAUUUCAUCUCCUCCCUCGGUGCUUCCUCGAUCUCCCUACUUCACAUUUUCAACCAGGCCAUGACUGCAGGUGUGACUUCCUUCUCAGUUGUUGCAGAGGCAGGUAGUUUGUUCUCAUAUGCUUGGAAGGUAAUUAAAAGAGUUUUUGGCGCCUCAGUGGUUGCAAGUGUUUACGGGCGGGAUCAAUUGAGUCGCUGCAGAGGAUGGUUCGAAGGGGGAUGCACGGUAAAAAUAGUGUCGCUUAUUAGAUUUUGCUCCCGCUCUGAGGGUAUGAAGCCCACAAUCGUGAGGUUGCUUAGUCACCCGAAUGAACGCAAGGGGCUUUA